AAUUAAAAAAAAAAAAAAAAACAUGAAGAAUUCAAGCUUUCGUUCGCAAUUCCUUACGACUUCCUCCUCUUCCGCCACACAUGAUGCACCCCCAGCUGCGCCUGCAGCCGCUGCUGCGCUUACCUCUGUUGCACAGAUGGCAAUUAAUGUUGACAGUCUUGAAUCAAAGCUUUGGCCUGACUUUGUAACUAAAGCUUUUAUUGAUAUUAUGGUUGACGAAGUUACAAAAGGAAAUAUGCCAAAUGGUGUAUUUCAUGCUAGAACAUGGAACUCAAUGACUACUAGGCUGAAUUCUAUAACUAAUCGUUCCUUUAAAAUGGAUCAACUAAAGGCAAAAAUGCACCGGCUACGAGCCAUGUAUCGCGAGUUCUAUUCACUUUUGCAGAACACUGGAUUUGGGUGGAAUGCAGAAACCAACACUGUUACAGCAAGUGAAGAGGUCUGGCGAAAUUAUCUUCAGAACAAAUAUUUGAAUGGAAGGUUGAUGUGUUUUUAUGGCUGGUUUUGUGGCUGUUCUGGUGGGAAGUAUGGUGCAAAGAUGCAUCCUGGUAUGCAUUUUCUCCUUAAGAAUUUGCACGCAGCACAUAGAGAAUU